GAAAUGAAAGAUUAUGAUGGAAUUGCAGACAUUAAAAUUCUAGACUGUCUGUUCAGAACGGGUUUUGUUCAAGCGCCUUACAGUUUGAAAACAUCCUCUUUUAAGAAACUGCUGCGUCAGAAUCUUAGAAUGCAACACAAAGGCCAUUGUAUUGGCUCAAAACCUCUCUAUACUCUGAAAGACUUUACGAGCGCUUCCGAAGAACCUUCUCAUCUUGUGGUCCUUGUUCACGGCUUGCAUGGUUCCUCUAAAGACUUUCUCUUCCUGGAGAAGAGUUUACUGCAAUUAGAUAAAACACAAAGUCUUGUUGUUUUUAGACCUUCUGUAAAUGAAGGAAGAACUACAGACGGCAUUUGCAAAGGUGGCUCUCGUCUUGCAGAGGCAGUGAGAGCUUUUUGUUCCAAGUAUCCUUCCUUGAGGUCUAUCAGUUUUGUUGGAUUUUCUCUCGGAGGACUGUAUGUUAGAUAUGCUCUUUUCCUGUUGAUGGAUAAGUGUUCACCCGAAAAGAGUUUAAUCUGUGGUCUUAAGCCCUAUAAUAUUCUUCUUGUGGCGUCACCUAAUCUCGGAGUAAGCGGAUUCGGCCCUUUCCGAUAUUUACCCAGAGUUCUCCAAAUGGCAAUAGUAACGUUCUUGGGGGAAACCAUAAGAGAAUUGUUUCUGUUUGAUAGAAAAAAGUUCGAUGGUCGUGUCCCUUUAUUGUGGGCUAUGACAGAUGAUGCUUUCAUAUCAGCUAUUGCGCAAUUUCCACGUCGAUUUUUAUUUGCCAAUAUUCGAUAUGACGUUGAGGUGCCUUAUGGAACAGCAGCAUUGCAACCAGCUAUACGGCAUGUACUCAACUCAUCAAUACAAGCAGAGUCUAGUGUUUCAGUAAAGCGAACUCCCAACAUUAGUAUAUGGAAGAAGUAUUUAGAGUGUAGUUCAGGCUCCUCCUGGAGAAGUGUACCUUUCUCUUUUGGGAAGUAUCUUUCAACUCAAAGAGUUAUGAAGCUGGAGGAACUUAUGGCUUCCCGUUUAAGAAGUAUCGACUGGUAUCUUUUUGAAGUUGACUUUGGGUCUUUUUUACCACCAGUACACGAUAGUAUCGUAGCAGUUUCGAGAAAUUCUAUGUUCGAAAGAGUGUUUAGGAAGGGAAAAGAUGCUGUCGAAGUCAUAAGCCAUUUGAUUGUUAAGGAAGAGACAGUUUCAUAAUUAUUUGUAUAGUAGUUCAUUGUAGUAUAAUGGAUUCCUUGGCUCUUUUUACUAAGAUGAUUAAUGAGU